GUCGUCGUCGUUGCUAGUAAGUCGAAUCGUGUGUCUUGGUUGUUUCCGUUGUUUCGGCGUUUGUGUUUUUCCAGUGUUUUUUGCCGGGAAAACUCUAAACCAGAUCAAGAUCCUUCCCAGAUUUCAUCCGGUUGAUCUUCCAAGCUUUGGAGUGGCUCUUUCUUGAUUCUCUCCUGCAGCAGGCGAAAUUAGUCUCCUACAACAAGUGUGUGGGUGUUAAUGCUUUGCAGUUUGCGAAGACGAAAAAGACGACGUCGUUCGGCGUAAAUUUGCUGAGUUUGUGCAACAACAUAAACAAGCAGAAGAAAGCAAACUACGACAAAAAAAACCAAGCAGGAGUGGAUACAACAGGUGGAUACCGGCUGCGGAUCUUUCAAGGAACGAACGGGGGGCGUACUUUAAGUGAAGAAAACAGCAAAAAGAAGGUGUGUGUUAGUGUGUAAUAAGAGACAACAACAUUGGAGGAAAACAAAAAAAAGACGUGGAAUCAACAGAGCAUUUCAAACUUCUCCGUAUACUCCUCAUUUUGUUUCGAUAAUCUUACUUCGAUUUCAUAAUUAUAAACACAUCCACUGAAAGACAAAAUCAGUAUUGGUCAUCAAUUUUCCGGUCUUCCUGAUGCGGUUCACGUUUUGCCAAUCUUGUAACUUCUCGAUAAAGUAGAUUUCCAACGGAACGUGACCAUCUCAUCGGCAUCAUCAUCAUCAAUAUCAUCACAGAAGUCGAAAUCGAACACAGCCAACCCUAGGGCGAGGAAAGGCAGCAGUCUAGCAACGAAACGAAGAGAGCGAAAAAAUUUUGUCAACAUUUAGUUGCGACGGGAUUUAAACCUCAAACCCUUUCACCCAGCCGGAAUGUCCUCUUCCAAUGGCAACAAACCGCCGAAGGAGGUCGAGAUGAGUACCAUGCAUCGGUCCGGAUCGGCCAACCGCUUCCAGGUGAAUCUGGUCAACCAUGAUCAGCGGGGCGGGGGCGGAGGAGGAGGUGGAGGUGGUGGUGGAUCCAAUGGGAAUGCUGCCGAUGCGGCCAUCGAUGACGAUACCUUCCCGGAAGAGCUGGUCAAGCGUCGCCAGUCCCGGUUGCAGUCGCUCAAAAGCAGCUUCCGGGGCUCGGACCCGAGCAAGGAGCGCAAAAAUUCCCAAGCCACUCGCUUUAAGGUCGAAGACAAGGACGGGUCGGAUUCCAACGAUGACGAGGAGGAUAAUUUGAUAGACGACAACCGAUACGCGAGGAGCUUCCGGCACUUUACUCGAGAAGCACUUCCCCGGGUGGACAACUACCGGAAUAUUUUGUCGUUCCAAGCGAAUAAUCGACCCACGCUAGAUGAGCUCCACCAUGCUUCAAUCACUAAUAAGGAAACGAUGCGCCGCGGCACAGUGCAGGUGGACAUCGGAGACAUGGCCGAGGGGGCCAUCAAGUUUGGCUGGAUCAAGGGUGUCCUGAUGCGUUGUCUGCUGAACAUCUGGGGCGUUAUGCUGUUCCUUCGGUUGAGUUGGGUUGUUGGCCAAGCUGGAAUUAUCGAAGGUGUGGUACUGGUAUUGAUUACAACGGUUGUGACCACCAUCACGGCCCUCUCGAUGUCAGCCAUCAGCACGAAUGGUGUGAUUAAGGGCGGCGGAACGUACUACAUGAUAUCCCGAUCGCUGGGGCCGGAGUUUGGCGGUUCGAUUGGGUUGAUUUUUUCCCUAGCGAAUGCCGUUGCCUGUGCUAUGUACGUUGUGGGUUUCUGUGAAUCGCUAACGGAUCUGUUGGCCACUUUUGGAAUCCAGAUCAUCGAUGGACAAGUGCAGGAUAUCCGUAUCAUUGGAUGUAUCACGAUUGUCAUUCUACUGGGAAUCGUCGUCAUCGGUAUGGAAUGGGAAGCCAAGGCACAAGUCGUUCUGCUUAUUAUUUUAUUGAUUGCCAUUGCCGAUUUCUUCGUGGGAGCAAUCAUUGGACCAAAAGGGGAUGACGAUAUCUCGAAAGGAUUUGUUGGAUUUAACGCAUCCCUUCUGAUGGAGAACAUGCAAUCCGACUACCGGCCGGUGAAAAAUGAGCAGCACGAUUUUUUUUCCGUGUUUUCCAUCUUCUUCCCGGCUGCCACCGGUAUCCUGGCUGGUGCCAACAUUUCCGGAGAUCUUAAAGACCCCAGCAAGGCCAUCCCCAAGGGAACCAUUUUGGCCAUUAUACUGACAUCAUUUUCGUACGUCACCAUGGCGGUCAUCGCGGGAGCAACUGUCCUAAGAGAUGCCACCGGAAACGUAACCCUAAUGGCCAACGGUUCCUGGGAAUUCGCCGAAUGUGCUCCGGAAGAGUGUGAUUAUGGAUUACAUAACUCUUUCCAGGUUAUGGAACUUGUUUCUGCCUUUGGGCCAAUCAUUUAUGCCGGUUGUUUCGCGGCCACCUUGUCAUCGGCCCUAGCCAGUUUGGUCUCGGCCCCGAAGGUGUUCCAAGCGCUUUGCAAGGAUAAGCUGUACCCGAAAAUUGGUUGGUUUGGCAAAGGAUUCGGAAAAAAUAACGAACCCGUUCGGGGAUACAUCUUGACCUUUGUGAUUUCGGUGGCCGUAAUUUUGAUUGGGGAGCUGAACGCCAUUGCUCCACUGAUUUCCAACUUCUUUUUGGCUGCCUAUUGUUUGGUAAACUUCAGUACAUUCCAUGCCAGUCUUGCUAAGCCCGUUGGAUGGCGACCAACGUUUAGGUACUACAACAUGUGGCUGAGUCUGAUCGGGGCCAUCCUGUGCAUCGGGGUGAUGUUUUUGAUUUCGUGGCCCACGGCUUUGAUCACUUUUGCGGUAGUGCUGGCCUUGUACCUAUUCGUGUCGUAUCGCAAACCGGAUGUCAAUUGGGGCUCCACGACCCAGGCUCAAACGUACAAGAAUGCUCUGUUGUCGGUGCAGCAGCUGAACAACGUGGAGGACCACGUGAAAAACUACCGGCCCCAGAUUCUGGUCAUGACCGGACAUCCCAGUACCAGGCCACUGUUGGUCAAUUUCGCUUAUUUGCUGACGAAAAACCUGUCGCUAAUGGUGUGUGCCCACGUGAAUAAGGUUCACACCUCGCAAAAGUACCGGAACUACCAGCAGCGGAAGGCCAACGAGUGGUUCCGGCGGCACAAGACGAAGGGUUUCUACGCGUACGUGGACGACAGCGACUUUGAAACGGGAACCCGCGCCGUGAUGCAGGCCAGUGGCAUAGGAAAGCUAAGACCCAACGUGCUGCUGCUCGGAUUCAAAGCUGACUGGGCCACAUGUGAUGGAACCGAAUUGGAGCAAUACUUCAAUGUGGUUCACAAGGCGCUGGACAUGUACUUAUCGGUGGCCAUUCUGCGGGUGGCCAAGGGUCUGGAUUACUCCCCGGUGCUCGGUGAGGAUACGACGGCGAAGCAGAUUGCCGAGGCCCCGGCGCGUACGCUCAUUCACAACGACAGUACCAAUGAUUUGGUCAGCCAGAAUAAGGUCAACUCGUUGCACGGAAGCUGCGAUUCGUUGAGCAGAAAUAUCUCGCAAGCAUCCGAGCAGAACAAUGUCCACGAGAAGAAUGCCAAGAAUCUCAAAACCAGCAGCACCAGCGACUUGACCGUCGGAACGCCACGCAAUGCCACCGUUUCCGGAAUGCCAGACCCGAUGGAUAUCAAUGCGAAACUUUUAAAUGAAACCACGCAACGGUCUCUGAAACGGAACGAUCCGGCGCUGCUCUAUCGGGGACCCGGUGGGUCGGAACUGCCGAAGGACAUUCUAGAUGAGCUAACCCAGUUCAACAGUAAGAAAAAGAACGGCAUCAUCGACGUUUGGUGGCUGUACGAUGAUGGUGGCCUAACACUCCUGUUGCCUUACAUCAUCAGCACCCGACGAAAUUGGGCGUCCUGCAAGCUGCGAGUUUUUGCCCUGGCCAACCGGAAAGCCGAGCUGGAAUUCGAACAACGCAAUAUGGCCAGUUUGCUGGCGAAAUUCCGAAUCGACUACAGUGAUUUGAAAUUGCUGCCGGAUGUGACGAAGAAACCAGAACCCACAACGGUUAACUUCUUCAAAGAUCUAAUCAAGGACUUCACCGGCGAUGAACCUGGUCAAAUUUCCGACGCCGAGUUGCUGGCCGUGCGGGACAAAACCGACCGGCAUCUGAACCUCCGCGAGUAUCUGCUGCAGCAUUCUGCCAAGUCCGAUUUGGUCGUCAUGACGCUACCGAUGCCCCGCAAAGGAGUUGUCUCGGCCCCACUCUAUAUGGCCUGGCUCGAGACCCUCAGCCAGGGACUUCCGCCGUUCCUGUUCGUUCGAGGCAACCAAACCAGUGUACUGACGUUCUAUUCAUAGAGAAGAUGAGUAGGAAAAAACAGGCAAAAAAUCGCGAAGAAACAAUCAUUUUGUAACGCAGCAUACAAAACUUAUGACCCAACAUUGUCUCCUCAUUUUUUUGCACCCUAGAUCAUUACUUCCGGCUUAGUUUACUGGGAAGUUUUCAUCAUUGUUAACAAUUUAAGGGAUCCCCGGAAUCAGAUUUCGUGCGACUUCUUCGAGUAUUUGAACACAGUAUACGUUAAGAUGGCAUUUAUUAAGAUUUCUUGUCUCGGUCGGUCGAGAAGUAUUUUAUUUUUUAUUUUCAUUUUUGCUGCAUUCCAUUUCCAUUUGCCAGCGAAAAAGAUCCAUUCAUACUUUGAUAGAGCUUAAGGUAUUUUUAGACGAUGGAUAGAAAGUUUCAGUGAACGUGAAUAUAAUUAACGAUCCGAAAAGUGGACGGAUUAUGAAGUGCUAUUAUUUUUUUUUCUAUUUUUAAUACAUUGCAACCAUGUUUAAAACAUAUCAUGCCGAUUCCAUUUGUACAUGUCCAGAACUUAUAAACUCACGCGUUGUUCUUAAAUAAAUAGAUUGAUGCAGAAGAAGAA